UGGUACAUAUAUUCAUAUCCAUGGAUGCUUGGUUAGCUAUAUAUCUAGCCUAGUUCUAGUAGGGAGUUGUAGUACUUUGGCUAGCUGGGGCCUGGGGGUGAUCCUCUCGUCUCAUCUCGUUCACUUUCUUUUGCGGUUACCCUCCACCUUCGGAAGCCUCGAAAAGACCCCUCACCAUCUGCUUUGUGUCCUUGCUAACUAACUCCUCUCCCUCAUUAAAUCCCCCUCUCCUUCCUACCAAGCUCUCGCUUAAUUAGCUCGCUUGUUAGCUCGCCCUGCCCAUACAUACCCGACGCCUCACGCACACACCAACCGAUCCAUCCCAUUGACACACCAAACAAUUCAUCCAACGAUACAUGCUGCAGGGCGAUCAUCAGCUGAUUGAAGGAGGAGGCACCAUGGAGAUGGGAAGCUUUGGAGGAGGAGGGGGGGAGUGCUCGUCUUCUUCGGCUGCGGCGGCGGCAGCGGCGGUGACGGCUGCGGCAGAGGCGGAGGAGAGGCAGCUGCUGAAAGGGGAGAUGGCGGUGCACCCGCUGUGCGAGCAGCUGGUGGCGGCUCACGUGGGGUGCCUCCGUGUGGCGACGCCCAUCGACCACCUCCCCAUCAUCGACGCCCAGCUCGCUCAGUCCGGGGGACUUCUCCACUCCUACGCCGCUCACCACCGCCCCUUCCUCUCCCCUCACGACAAGCAAGACCUCGACUCCUUCCUCGCGCAGUACCUGAUGCUGCUGUGCUCGUUCCGGGAGCAGCUGCAGCAGCACGUCAGGGUGCACGCCGUGGAGGCCGUCAUGGCCUGCCGCGAGAUCGAGCAAUCCUUGCAGGACCUAACUGGUGCGACGUUGGAGGAAGGAACGGGCGCAACCAUGUCAGAGGACGAAGAGGAGCCACAGACGAUCAUGGAGGCGGCGGCAGCCAUGGAUAUGAGCUCGAAUGGGCACGACAUGAUGGGUUUCGGCCCGCUUGUACCUACGGACUCGGAACGCUCCCUCAUGGAGAGGGUCAGGCAGGAACUCAAGAUUGAACUCAAACAGGGCUUCAAGUCAAGGAUUGGUGAUGUGAGGGAAGAGAUACUGAGGAAGAGGAGGGCCGGGAAGUUGCCUGGGGACACCACCACCAUACUGAAGCAAUGGUGGCAGCAACACUCCAAGUGGCCGUACCCCACGGAAGAUGAUAAAGCAAAGCUUGUGGAAGAGACCGGCCUGCAGCUGAAGCAAAUCAACAACUGGUUCAUCAAUCAGAGGAAGCGCAAUUGGCACAACAACUCUCAGACAUCAACCCUGAAAUCAAAGCGUAAAAGGUAGGUGCGAGCUGCAAAGUAUAUACAAAUUCCUGACGUCUAAUCAAAUGAAAGAUCAUGGUGACACACACACAAAUAAGAUCGAUUCAAUUGUAUAUCUAGUUAUUAGUCAGGUGACAAACUUGAUGACAUACACACCACUAGUCUGACCAAUGGCAUGCAUAUGCGUCUGUAAUUUUUUGAGCUGGUAUACUCAAAAGAAAAUUCUUGUUGUUCGUUACAGCAUUUUGUUGCGGGUGUACGUACAUAAUCCCGAAGAACUAUUUCCUGUGCAUACAUAUUGGUUAUUCUGUAACCUUCUACUGGUCAAAUGACCAAAUAAAGACGCAAACCUUUGCAUACAAA